AUGACUGAGCCAUCGAACGUACCUAUUGAGAGCAUCACUUAUACACACAAAGACGUCGAUUGUGUCCUUCUCGAUCGACUACUGGGCCGCAUGACACCACUCUCAGCUCUUGCAGGACCAGCGCCGCAGCAACAGGUCCUAGGCUCGCUCGCGAUUCUUCCCAUCGAACUACUUCUCAUGGUCCUCGAGAACCUUGCAGUCACCGAUGUGAUGCGUUUCCGACGCUGCAACCGAUUCGCAAUGCACGUCGUUGAUACAGAAUCGCUUCUUCGCCUUUGCUUGCAAUUUGCACCAAACACCGUCAUAGGAAUGAUGGCUCUCAGAAUCUCUACGCACGUUACGCCACAGCAGCUAUGCAACAAGGUCCUGCAGAGAGAUUGCGACCAAAUCCGGAUCAAGGACGUUUUACCGGGACCAGCAAUAAGAUACACUGAGUACCGAUGCGGACAGUUGGCGCAGCACAUAUACCUUCCUGCAUGCACGCGACUUUGUGUGGAGUGCAUACGACAUGAAUCCCGUGUGACGAACUGCGAGUUGACAAUGGGGUACCAAAUCUAUGAAACCGAAGACUUUACCAUGACACCGAGUUUUCGCACUCUCCCUGUCACCUUGACGAACGGCCUGAACAAGUUCAGAGCGGAAGCGCAAGAAACACUGUACACUGUUCGUCUCGAAUCAAUGAACAAUCGAACUCAUGAUCUCAUAAAUCUUGAAUGGGCUUUGAGGAAGCACGACUACACUCGACCCAGCGUCUCCGUCAUCUCAGCUGUUCCGAUCACCAUUGCGCGACAUAUUCCCAUAGUGGUUGCACCUUUGGUAAACUCGAUGUCAUUCCAGGUGGAGCAGGGAUAUUACUGCAGCACUUGCUUACACACCGAAGUUGAAGAGGAAGUCUAUACCCGAAAGUCUUUCUCUGAUCAUCUCCGAGACUGUCGCGUUCGGCCUUUUUCCCCAGUAUGGGAAUUCCGGUCUAAUUUAAAGGUCGAUCUAGAAAGUUACGAGUGUGACUGA